AUGGAUCCUAGUAAAGGUUCUGGUCCAAAUCAGUGGUUAAAUGACCCUAAUGAGUGGCUUAAUAGUACAAGUGAGCUUCUCAAUGCCUUGUCAACUUGUUUGAUAAUGGAACAAGCUUUUUUGGAGAAGACGAUUGUAUGUAUUCUAUCAUACCUACAAUUAUGUCAGGUGGCUAAAAGGCAAUAUGAGAGGCUCCAAGAGAGACAUACAAUACCAAGGGUAAGAGAAGAAUCAAGAGUGUCAUUCAUGAGUAGGCUAAUAAAUGAUGAUGUUACUUGUGUGGAACAGCUACGGAUGGAUACCAACACAUUUCGUGUGUUGUGUUCUCUUCUACAAGUUCAGGGUAGGCUAAAGGAAGAUGGGUUAGUGCCAAUAGAAGAACAAGUUGCGAUGUUUCUACACAUAUUGGCUCACCAUGCUAAAAAUCGUGUCAUAAAAUUUAAAUUCCAAAGAUCUGGAGAAACUGUUAGCAGAUACUUCAAUUUAGUGUUAAGUUCUGUCUUAAGGUUGCAAAAGAAUUUACUUAAAACACCAGAUCCGAUUCCUGAGGAUUGCAUUGACAAUAGAUGGAAAUGGUUUAAGGGUUGUCUGGGGGCACUAGAUGGAACUUAUAUUCGUAUUAAUGUCUCUGAGGUUGAUAAACCAAGAUAUAGAAGUCGGAAAGGUGAAAUUGCAACAAAUGUCUUAGGAGUAUGCUCACGAGACAUGCAAUUUAUAUAUGUGCUACCAGGUUGGGAGGGUUCAGCUUCAGAUGCUAGGGUGUUGCGUGACGCAGUUAAUAGGAGAAAUGGUCUUAAGGUUCCUACAGGAAACUACUACUUGGUAGAUGGUGGGUAUACAAAUGGAGAAGGGUUUCUUGCCCCUUAUAGAGGAAGUCGAUACCAUCUUAGUGAGUGGAGACAUCAACGUGUUCCAACAAAUCCUAGAGAACUGUUCAACAAGCGACAUGCUCAAGCUAGAAAUGUGAUAGAAAGAACAUUUGGAUUGCUGAAGAUGCGUUGGGCAAUUCUCAGAAGUCCUAGCUACUCUGUUAAAACUCAUAACCGAAUAAUUAUUGCAUGUUGCUUAUUGCAUAAUUUUAUUAGGAGAGAAAUGUCUGUAGAUCCAUUAGAAACAGAGUUGGAGAACAUGCCUACCACUGAAGAGGUAGAUGAACAACCACAUGAUAACAUUGAAACUAUUGAACCAAGUGCAGCUUGGACUGCAUGGAGAGACGCUUUGGCAAAUGAAAUGUAUAAUGAUUGGGUUAAUCCUUGAGGCCACUUGUAGUGAUUUUAUGUCUGUUGAGUUUGUUUGAUACACCUUGAAGUGAUGGUGUUUUCAUUGAAUUUGGAAUUUUUUUU